AUUUAAUGUAUUUCUGAUGUUUUCAGUCAUUCACAGACUUAUGAAGAGAUUGCACAGCAAUUGCUGUCAACCAUAGCAUUGAAAUGCAAUUACGAAAACUGUGGCAAAAGUUUCUGCACUCAAAGUCGAUUGGAUUCACAUAUCAGGCGAAGACAUGCCGUCGAAGACAACACACAGUCCGGGGAACCGAUCGGCAGAUCAUCUCAUGUCAGACACCAGUCAUUGAGUGCAGCACUCGAUGACAGACAACAGAUACCAACGAUUACUACUACUACUACUAGUCCUACAGUCCCGACAAUAACCACAACCACUGCUACUUCCAGUGCCGACAGUCAAUGGCUGGACAUUAAGUACAAUAAUCUCAUCACAUCAUCCGAUGCCAGAGACCAGUCUAGGAGUGGAGCACCCGAUGGCAGUCAACAGAUGCAAGCGAUCACUACAACUGAGCCAUCACUGCCCACAAUCAGCACCACUUCCAGUCCCGACAGCCAAUCGAUUGACAAUAAACGCCAUAAUGAUUUGGACUCUGAUAUCGGACUCAUUGGUAGAGUUCCGGCGCCCAAACGGCCCGCACGUAACCGAUCGCCCGUUGAUAUCAAGCCAUCGCUCAUAGACUCCAUACCUCUGGUGCCAGAAAUAGUCAACCUCUCGCCGAUUGACAUAAAGCCAGUGAUAAACACCAGCCCUCAGGAGUCGUCAACUGUCCAUAACUCACCUCUCAUUACAAGCACUACCGGUGCCGACAAUGAGCGCUCACGUGAGUUAGAGCCGUGUAUUAGACAAACACCCGAUGCCUUACCACUCGUGCCUGCAAUCGCCACCACUUCCAGUGCCACUGACAGCCAAUCAAUGAAUAUUACUCCCAAUAAUGAUUCGGACUCCGAUGUCGUACUCAUUGGUAGAGUUCCGGCGCCCAAACGGCCCGCACGUAACCGAUCGCCCGUUGAUAUCAAGCCAUCGCUCAUAGACUCCAUACCUCUGGUGCCGGAAAUAGUCAAC